AUGGAGGUGGCUGCUAAUUGCUCCCUGCGGGUGAAGAGACCUCUGCUGGAUCCCCGCUUCGAGGGUUACAAGCUCUCCCUCGAGCCGCUGCCCUCUUACCAGCUGGAACUUGACGCAGCUGUGGCAGAAGUAAAACUUCGAGAUGAUCAAUAUACCCUGGAACACAUGCAUGCUUUUGGAAUGUAUAAUUACCUACACUGUGAUCCAUGGUAUCAAGACAGUGUCUACUACAUUGAUAACCUUGGAAGAAUUAUGAAUUUAACAGUGAUGCUGGAUACUGCCUUAGGAAAACCACGAGAGGUAUUUCGACUUCCUACAGAUUUGACAGCGUGUGACAAUCGCCUUUGCGCAUCCAUCCAUUUCACGUCUUCUACCUGGGUUACUUUGUCAGAUGGGACUGGAAGACUGUAUCUCGUUGAAACAGGUGAACGUGGAAAUAGUGCUUCUGAAAAAUGGGAGAUUGUAUUUAAUGAAGAGCUUGGGAGUCCUUUUAUCAUAAUUCACAGUAUCUCAUUGCUGAAAGCUGAAGAACAUUCAAUAGCUACUCUCCUCCUUCGAAUAGAGAAAGAGGAAUUGGCUAUGAAAGGAAGUGGUUUCUAUGUUUCCUUGGAGUGGGUCACUAUUAGUAAGAAAUAUGAAGAUAAUAAAAAAUAUGAAAUGGCUAAGUGUAAUAUUCUCCAUGGGAAGUCCGUGCCACAUUAUGCUGCUAUUGAACCUGAUGGGAACGGUCUGAUGAUUGUCUCCUACAAGUCCUUUACAUUUGUUCAAACUGGUCAGGAUCUUGAAGAAAGUAAGGAUGAAAACAUGUCCGAGGAAAUCAAAGAACCUCUGUAUUACUGGCAACAGACUGAAGAUGAUUUGACAGUAACAAUACAGCUUCCAGAAGACUGUACUAAGGAAGACAUUCAAGUACAGUUUUUGCCUGAUUCUAUCAACAUUGUACUGAAGGGUCAGAGGUUUUUGGAAGGCAAUCUCUUUUCAUCUAUUGAUCAUGAAAGCAGUACAUGGAUAAUUAAAGAAAAUAAUAGCUUGGAGAUUUCCUUGACUAAGAAGAAUGAAGGCAUAACAUGGCCAGAGCUAGUGGUUGGUGAUAAACAAGGGGAAUUUAUAAGAGACUCAGCUCAGUGUGCUGCAAUAGCUGAACGUUUGAUGCAUUUGACCUCUGAUGAACUGAAUCCAAAUCCAGAUAAAGAUAAACCUCCUUGUAAUGCUCAAGAGUUAGAAGAAUGUGAUAUUUUCUUUGAAGAGAACUUCAGUUUAUGCAGAUUUGAUGGCAAUACAUUAAAAACUACUCAUGUGGUGAAUCUUGGAAGCAACCAGUACCUUUUCUCUGUCAUAGUGGAUCCUAAAGAAAUGCCCUGCUUCUGUUUGCGCCAUGAUGUUGAUGCCUUGCUCUGGCAGCCACACUCCAGCAAACAAGAUGAUAUGUGGGAGCAUAUUGCAACCUUCAAUGCUUUAGGCUAUGUCCAAGCAUCGAAGAGAGACAAAAAAUUUUUUGCCUGUGCUCCAAAUUACUCCUAUGCAGCCCUUUGCGAGUGCCUUCGACGAGUUUUCAUCUACCGUCAGCCCACGCCCAUGUCUACUGUACUUUACAAUAGGAAGGAAGGCAGGCAAGUAGGGCAGGUUGCUAAGCAGCAAGUAGCAAGCCUAGAAACGAAUGAUCCUAUUUUAGGCUUUCAAGCAACAAAUGAGAGAUUAUUUGUCCUCACUACCAAAAACCUCUUUUUAAUAAAGGUAAAUACAGAAAAUUAA